AUGUCCAAGGCACAUGACGACAGCCCGACCCUAUCGCUGCCGGACGGAUGGGAGCAGUUCACGUCCCCGGACGGCCACCCGUACUAUUACAAUUCGAGAACAAAGGAAAGCAGAUGGGAGCUCCCGCCCAAGGAGAAUGGGGAGGCGGCGGGUGGAGGCCCCAAAAGCCAUCGUCGGUCGGAUCGAGACAAGAGACGGAGACGAAAGAGUGCCUUGGACAAAGGCGAGCUCGCUGUUGAGCAUACAAUGAAUAAGAAAGAGAGGAUGAAAGAGAAGGAUCAGGAGGUUGACACAACGGCUGCAGGGGCACCAAGUACCGUGUUUCAGACGCUCCAGGCGUCGUUAGAGGAACGAUUGGGAGCGAUGCAUGCAGGACCGUGUCAUGCAACUCCUACCCGACAAGAGGGGGGCAUGGAUAUGGGAGGAGUAAAAGAGGUGGAAACGCCAUUGGUGGUGGUGGUGGAAAAGCAGCAUGAGGCUGAGACAGCAGAUAUGAGCGCAGCAGAGCGAUUGCGCUUUUUGAGGAAAAAGCGGCGGGAAAGUAUGAUGUGGAAGAGAAAAAGUCUUGCAAGUGAUGAUUUUAUGGCAGAGGUAGCUAGCAACAUGAAGAAAAAGGGGUAUGUUGGUGGCAAAAGUAAACACGAACAGGGCAUUGGUGAAAAGAGGGUGAGUUGGAAAGAGCAGGAAAAGGCUGAAGAGGAGCGCAAGCGACAGCAGAUGCAGAAAGAGAAGAAAGCAAAGGAACGUGAAGCAGAGAAAGAAAGGCGUCAAGAGCAGAUUGCUAAAGAAAAAGAAGAAAGACGAGAGGAGGCAUAUGCUGAGCAACUUGAUGUGGAACAGCUGUGCGACCAGGCACAGAAGCGAAAGGACAACAAUCCAAACGAACAUGACGUAGAGGAGGUAACAGAAAAAAAGGAUGACAAGCGUGGUGAGCGCACCGCCGAGCAUGAGUCUGACGUUUACGAGACGAGCACAAAUAGAAAGCAGAAGGUCCAGAGACACGCACCCGUUCUUGUCGAAAGUAGUGUAGAACAAUGUGAGAAGACUUCAGACACAUUUUCAACCGACGAGGACACACGACACGAUCUAAGCCAAGGGGAUGAAUGCAACGGCUCUGCCACUGGCGACUCGGCGGCGCAAGUGAAAAGUGUUGAAGACGAUCAUCCCCCAGCAGAUGGUAGGCCACGCUCUGAGAUUCAUACCGAUGCGAACCAAGAUGGGGGGCGGUGUGUGCGCAAAGAGCGACGAGCUCAGAAACAGCGUGAAAAGGAGCUGUUGGACGCAUCGAAGGUGAGCUCGGUGACAUCGGAAACGCCACGACGUCGGUCAACAUCUAGCCUAAAUGAACUGGAUGAAAAGUCUUCCGCUCGGAUACCUAGCAACGAAGCUGAAAGGGAAGCUAAGGCAACAGAAAAGCAGAUGCGUCGUGAAAAGCGACGAAUAGCAAGACUGCAAGCAGCGAUGGCAGCUCAAAGCUUGGGUGGAAACGGUGACCAUGUCAAGUCGCAGCGGACGAAGCAUUUGGAGGUGCACACGGAUAGCAGCAAUGACCUGAAGGCUGGAAUAGCCAAGACCGCGGUCGAUUCUACAAGUGGGCAGCCAGUGUCGGAGCAGCCACUGCCUGGGCAGCCGCUGUUGGGUGCUGGUAUGUACCCACCAUGUCCGUACAUGAUAAUGCCACCACUGCUACCACCUUACUCACCGUAUGGGUACUACUAUCCUUUCAUGCCGCCGUCCGUCCCAAUGACCAUGUAUUCUCCCGACAUGGUGCCGUCGGGAUAUCAUUCGAUGCCGUCGACACCCCCGCAUCCGACAGACGCGAUGGCGGUGCCUUCAUCAUUAGUUCCGUAUGCUUCAGAGUCAACACUGGCGAAUGCUUAUGGAUACGAUAUGACUUUUAGCGGUAUGCAGUCUGGUCCAGAACUGAGCAGAUGCGACUGUUGUAAAGGUAUUGGUGUUGGACUGGUGGAAAAAAAUGGUGUCUGUGCGCAUUGCAACCGGUUGCGCCUUGCAUUCAUCGUGGAUUCUGCUCAGAUGCGACUACGGUGCUCACUGUGUGGUGGAUGGGGUUUUCAGCUGCUCCAAGCAAACGGGAUGUGUGAACAUUGCACUCGACAAAAUGCGCAAAAGUCGCUACGACGGGUCUCCGCGACCACCCAUCAUCCAAGACGUGUUACACCCGUGGUUGUACCUCGACGGACUACGAAUGCAAAUAAGGCAAAGAUUGAUGACACUGGUUGGGAUGAGUCUUCGCUGGACGACUCCGACUGGGACGAUUGA